CCGGCUGGACCCUGCGCUUGCGCACUUCACAGUCUGUCUGCGUGUCAUGUUAAACGUUAGAAGUGUAGACAACAUGUCCACCGUUGCAGCUCCCGAAAACAAUAACGAGGAGCCUGGGCUUCAAGGCUCCUGGGUAGAGUUGGAGCUGAAUGGUAACACAGGGGUCCAGGGUGAGCCAAUCAGCUUAUCACUAACACCUGCCGCAGAUCAAAUAAAUGCCAACUCGAGCAUAAACCAAAGUCUCCAGACUUUGGAAGUAGCUGAAAGUGCUGAAAGCUUGAUUGGAGGACUAGAGCAUGUGCCAUCCUCCUCAUCUAUUCAUAAUGGAGACAUGGAGAAGAUUCUCUUGGACGCUCAGCACGAGUCCAGCCCAAGUAGCUCUUCCUGUGAUAGUCCUCACAGACCUCCAAGUCCAGAGCGUGAUGAUGAACAGAUAACAUUUGAUGUGGAAAUGUCCAGUCUAAGAGGGAGUCAGUCAGAGGAAGACAUUACAGAGAAGGAAAGAGAGGACGACAUUUUGAUGAACAGAGAAGUAGACUGGGUCACUGAUUGGUCCAGCAGACCAGAAAAUGUUCCACCAAAGGAGUUUCACUUCAGGCAUCCCCGUCGCUCAGUAUCUCUGAGUAUGAGAAAGAGUGGAGUGAUGAAGAGAGGUGGCAUCUUUUCCUCUGAAUUCCUCAAAGUUUUCAUCCCUUCCUUGCUAAUCUCCCACAUCUUGGCUCUUGGGAUUGGAGUCUACAUUGGGAAGAGAAUCGCCACAGCUUCCACCAGCUCCUACUGAAUAGAAAAUGAAGCAUCUCCUCAUGUCUUCAAGUCCUUUAACCCAUGCUCCUGUAGUCAAGCUAUCUUUCCUAUCCAAUCAGCAUUAACAGGUGCCACAUUUUAGAUGUACUCAUAUUAGUUAUGGACUUUCACUCCAUUGGAUUUUGACGCUAGGGGCCAUAUUGUUGUAAACUGGCUUAAAUCUAGUUUUAAAAACAGACACUUCUAUGUUGUCUGAUGGCUUCAAGUUCCCUUUGCUUGAUGUAAAACAUCACGUCAACAAGUAUGUGUUCUAUUUUCCCCAAAGCUUUUCUUUUGUUGUCCUAAAUGCCAGACAGGAUAAACCAUUUAAUAGCACUAUACCAAAUUGGGUUUGGGAACAGACUCACAUUUUGAGCUAAACACUUUUGCCCAUUGACUUAGAGGUUGAGCGGCGCUGCACGCUGGGUUUAGCUUUUAAAGUUUGCACAUUUUUAAGAAUUGAAGUCUGAUCUUGUUGCUGUUGACAGCAGCUUUGUCUUCUCGAGGGUCAACAGGCUGAUUGAACCAUCUGGCAUGUAGCUUGACAAUUUUACUAUGAAGUAGUUGGACUGUUUUAUGAUAGUGGAAGGCAAUAUACCAGACUAUAUGCUAUUUUAAAGAAUUUUUUGCCUACAUAUCUUUAACACAGCGGUAGCAAAGUGCCAAAUUUAUAUCUUUCACCUUUGCACAUUGGUGAUUUGAGUUAGGCUUUUUUUUCUUAUAUGUUUAGAUAUUUUAAAAUGUAGUUGUGUGUAAUCUAAGCUGUGAUCUGCCCUGAUUAACACUUGUCCACAUUGUAUAUUUUCUGUAAGAGCAGAUAUUAAUGUUUGUUUUAUCUGAUGCAUUGUGGCAGUGUUAAGUGUAUUUCCUUGUUGCUCAACUGCUAAAGUUUAAAUAGCGGACACCAACACAGCAGAAGGGGGUAUUUGCAGGGCAUCCUUGAAGAGUGUUAUCCGACUUAAAUGUAGAUUUCAGUGUAUAAUAAAUUCACUUUGUGUGACCGAAUAAAAUGAUGUAUAGUAUCAAUAAAACAUCCAGCUAGAGGAUCAAAAUCAUUUCCUGAGGAAAGUGCAUGCAUUUCUGAAUGUGGAUCUUGACACCAUGGAUCCUCUAGAAGUGUUUGUAAGCUGAUGGUGUCAUAACAUAGUGAAAAAAGUAUCUGCUAUUGUGUAAAUUAUUGGCUGGAAAUCACUUCACCAGGAUUUAAUGCAUGAUGCAAAUGAUGAUAACUCAUAAUGUGUACAUGUGGUCCUUGCAGGCUUAUGUACAGUUGACUGGUGUGCAAUACAGAGUGUUUUGGAAUUUGAAUAAAGUUUGUACUGUAUACAGUG